UCUUCCAAAAGCUUUCACGUUGUUAACAGUAAAAAUAAGCCAGGUAGUGUUUUUAAUAUAGCACAUCUUUACAAACAGCUGCAAGAAAACCUAAGUGGAAAGCUAAACCUUGCCUCGUGGUGUCACUUCCCUGAGCACCGUGGGAAGAGCUGCUCUCUGCUGGACAGAAGAAAAAGCUGGCUUGGGAAAUCUGCUGUUUCUUCGGUGUACUAGAUCCUAAAGUGAUUUGAAGUUGAAAAGCAGAAAAGAGUGCAUUUCCUUCGUGCUAACCGGCUAGGACAGUGGAUCUGAAAGAAGAAGGCUGACCCACUGGGCUGCGCAUUCAAAGCGCUCAGACGCAGACUUGUGGAUCUGCUCAUCUGCCUCCGACCUAAGCGCGUACCGCCGGGUCCACCCUAGCCAUGCCCGCUGGAGCACCUCUGCUUUGGCUCCCGAGCACCGAAAGCUCAAAGCCACUUCUUUCCAACCCCCAUGUGCCCACAGCCGAGCCGAGACGGUAGACACAGCCCACAGCCUGCUGUCAUCCCCUCAGUGGAACGGAGCUCCCCUGCUGAUCCCGAGCGGUGCUCAGUCAGGACAUCGCUGUCUCCCCACUGCAGGCUCCGCGGGAGCGGCAGGAAAGCUCCGCCUCCGGCCGUUCGGGAACAGCCUGAUAAAGGCAGGUGCGGGCAAGCAGCAGGACCCUAGGUAGAAGCAUCUGCCUAUGCAGAGAGACCCUGACCCGUCCUUGGCCACCCCAUGCAAAGCAGCACCUGAGCCAGCCGGUGCGGCCGUGCCGACGGUGGCGGGACAGGACCCUCUCUGCCUCCUGCACCCGUGUCCCGCGGUCCACAGUCUUCGGUCGCUUCUCUGCGAAGGGACAAGGACCUCGCCCCCAAGGACCUCCGAAGAGGCGGGAUUUCUCAGGGAAGGGGAAGCAGGAUUUUGUUGUGCGGCUUGGAGAUGAGGCAGCUAUCUGGAGUGGGGCUCCUCCUGGGGCUGAUGGCUCUCCCAGUGGCGCUGGGACAGAGAAGCUCGGGAAGCCCUAUAAAUAGCAACCAGUCUCAAAGCUUUGCCAUCGUCUCUUUCAAAUGGGAUCACGUCAAGGACCCUUAUGUCAUUACACUCUGGAUACUCGUGGCCAGCCUGGCCAAAAUCGUUUUCCAGUUGUCCCACAAAGUCACUCGGGUGGUUCCAGAGAGUGCUCUUCUGAUUGUUCUUGGUCUCUUCCUUGGUGGCAUUGUAUGGGCAGCAGAUCACAUUGCCUCCUUUGCCCUUACACCAACUGUAUUUUUCUUCUAUCUGCUGCCCCCCAUUGUUUUGGAUGCUGGAUACUUUAUGCCAAAUAGACUGUUUUUUGGAAAUCUUGGUUCUAUCCUUCUGUAUGCUGUCAUUGGGACAGUCUGGAAUGCUGCCACAACCGGUUUGUCGCUCUAUGGCGUCUAUCAGACAGGAAUAAUGGGCCACUUGAAUACUGGACUGCUGGACUUCCUUCUGUUUGGCAGUUUAAUUGCCGCUGUGGAUCCUGUAGCUGUUCUGGCAGUGUUUGAAGAAGUCCAUGUCAAUGAAGUUCUAUUCAUCAUUGUUUUUGGAGAAUCACUUCUGAACGAUGCUGUAACUGUGGUGCUGUACAAUGUGUUUGAAUCUUUUGUUACAAUAGGUGCAGAGAAUGUGACGGGGACUGAAUGUGUGAAAGGCAUAGUGUCAUUCUUUGUGGUGAGCCUGGGUGGGACACUGGUUGGCAUUUUCUUUGCAUUCCUGCUCUCAUUGGUCAGUCGUUUCACCAAGCACGUGAGAAUCAUUGAACCUGGAUUUGUGUUUAUCAUUUCCUACCUGUCCUACCUCACGGCAGAGAUGCUUUCUCUUUCUGCUAUCCUUGCGAUAACUUUCUGUGGCAUCUGCUGUCAGAAGUAUGUCAAGGCUAACAUAUCUGAACAGUCUUCUACAACUGUAAGAUAUACCAUGAAAAUGAUGGCCAGCGGAGCAGAAACUAUUAUCUUCAUGUUCCUGGGAAUUUCAGCUGUAAAUCCAGAUAUCUGGACUUGGAAUACAGCUUUUAUUUUGUUGACUCUGGUCUUCAUCUCAGUAUAUCGAGUUAUUGGUGUAGUUUUACAGACAUGGAUUCUUAACCACUACAGAAUGGUCCAGUUGGAAAUAAUAGACCAGGUGGUGAUGUCAUAUGGUGGACUACGUGGAGCAGUUGCUUUUGCUCUGGUUGUACUUCUGGAUGUGGAAAAAGUGAAAGAGAAAAACCUGUUUGUCAGCACAACCAUCAUUGUUGUGUUUUUUACUGUUAUUUUCCAGGGACUCACUAUCAAGCCUUUGGUACAGUGGCUGAAAGUGAAGAAAACUGAACACAGAGAGCCAAAACUGAAUGAGAAACUUCAUGGCAGAGCCUUUGAUCACAUUCUUUCUGCGAUAGAAGACAUUUCUGGACAAAUAGGACAUAAUUAUCUGCGAGACAAGUGGUCCAAUUUUGAUAGGAAAUUCCUCAGUAAAGUACUGAUGAGAAGGUCUGCUCAAAAAUCAAGAGACCAGAUCCUUAAUGUUUUCCAUGAGCUCAACUUGAAGGAUGCAAUUAGCUAUGUGGCUGAGGGAGAACGCAGAGGUUCCUUGGCAUUUAUACGCUCUCCAAGUACAGACAACAUGGUGAAUGUGGAUUUCAACACCCCACGUCCAAGUACUGUGGAAAGCUCUGUCUCUUAUUUACUGAGAGAAAAAGCUGGACCAGUGUGCCUUGACAUGCAAGCUUUAGAGCAGAGGAGAAAAAGUAUCCGGGACACAGAAGACACAGUUGCUCAUCACACUCUACAACAGUACCUGUAUAAACCUAGGCAGGAGCAUAAACACCUGUACAGUCGACAUGAGAUCAUGCACAGUGAAGAUGAGAAACAAGACAAGGAGAUUUUCCAUAGGACAAUGAGGAAGCGCUUAGAAUCUUUCAAGAGUACCAAACUAGGAAUAAACCAUCCCAAGAAGCUCAAUAAAAUUCACAAGAGAGACCGAGGACAAAAAAGGCGAAACAGCAGUGUCAUACCAAAUGGAAAAAUACCUUCAGAAAAUCCAGCACAAGAUUUUACUUUGAAGGAAAAAGAUUUGGAGUUUUCUGAAUCAGAAGAAAAUGAUUAUGAAACUUUGCAUCUAGGCAAAGGAGUUGACUUCCUGGCUAAUGUGACACAGCAAAAUUUCACAGAUGCUCCUACUGGUGAUAUCAACCAUGACGUUGAAAUGACAGAAUACUCCUCUUCAGAUGAUCAACUAAACCAAACCGAAGGUGUUUCAGUGAAUCCCCUCCACUUCUUCCCAUCAUGUCUUGAGAUGCCUUGGACACAAAACUAUUCUUCACUGGAAAACAGAGGGAAUGUAUCUCUUCCUACUGUCUCUGAGUAUAUAGCUUCUUGUGACCCAAAUGUACCUGAUCUCUUCUGGGAAUCAGGUACAGAUACGAAUAACAAAGAGACAGUAAACUCAGGUUAUUGUUCUGAAGUUAACUACAAAUCACAGAAUUCACAAGAAGAUAAUUCCUUACUUAUGUUUGAAGGGCUGGAAGACUCUUAUGUGAAGGAGCCCCAAGAGAAGAAAUUGUUGCUUGACACACAAGGAAACUACAGAUCUGCUGCCAGACGUGUACAAAGCCGACGUUCUUUUCACAGGCCAAAACCUCUGCAACACCCUAAGCUUCAGAAGCUAGCAUCUCUUCCAGCAUCUUGCCAUGUCCCUCCACAUUCUUUGGAACAAGAAGAAACACAGUUGUGAGCCAACUUUCUCAUUGAAAGGAGAAGAUGAGAGAGAAUAACUUAAACAAGGGGCUUCUAUAAAAAUAGAAAGCAACCUAUUGGUUCAUGAAGUCUGCUCUAGAACGAUUUCAGAUGGAAAGGGAGUCUUAUGAUGUCAGAAACACUGGAGUUUUUGUGCUGCACUUACACUUUUAAGUUCUCAUUCAUAAUGAAGGGAAACAUGCCUCCUUGUUAUUUUGUUCAUGUAGACUGUUACAAACGAUCAAUAUUAUUUUUGGAAGGCUAAAUCAAGAAUCUUUUCAAAUGGUAAAUCCUUGGGGUUUUACAUGGAAACGGUUUCUUAUGCCAUUAUGCCAUAAAUACAUUUAAAGAAAUAGGCUACAUUUGAUGCUUCAGUAAUGGAAUUAAAUAUUUAUGACGUAUGAAAUCAAUGUAGGAGAAGCCAAUGGUUAGCCUCUUGCCUGCUUUUAAAUGAUGUUUUAAAGUCUACUGUGAUUGAAAUGGAUCAGUGCCUUUUAUAAGUGCAAGCUAAAGAAAAAUAUUUUCAUGCUCUUGAACAUUUGUGUUACUGAGUUAUAGUGGGAUAGUGACUCUGGUGGGAAAUUUCCCAGGGAGAGGAAAGUCCUGGCAUCUUGAAAUUCAAUCAAGGGCUCCAGGAAGGCUAUUUCCUUCCUUCACCUUCAUUUCCUCUACUCAGUAGCACUGGAAUGUAAGAACGUCCAGAAUUAGUUCAGAGUUUUAGUUUGUGUGGUCACAGGCAACACAUUUCAUAUUCUUAAUUAUGCUGCUGUGUUUUAAAUAGCCUCACUCAGACAGAAGUGUAAAUAUUUGUCAUUUUUACUGCUGCUUUGGAAGACACCUUCCAAAUACUCUUUUGGAUUUUAUUGUUAAUUUAUAUAUAAUUUUCAAUAGCUGAUCAGGAUAAUGGUCUCUCAGAUCCUAUCCUGUGUUUUGCCACAUGGUUUAAGUGCCACAGUGACUCAGGAUGUUGAUGGUACAGAGGUAGUUUGGCUACUGUGUAUAUUUAUAUAUCUGUUUGUGUUAGGAAAUUAUUUUUUUUGUCCCAAAUUUUCUGUUAAAUGAUAUUAAUUAAAAUUGCACUAGACAUCUAUUGUGUAUGGAUUUGGUCUGCAUCACCUUGAAGACAGCGGAGACAUCAGUGAAAGCCAACUCAGAUGAAGACUACAUAAAAGUGAAAACUGAGACAUCUCCUGGAUGUAUAAUACUACAUAACAGUGUAUACUUCGGGGGCAUAUCUGUAUUUUGCCUUGGAUAAUUUCAGUCCUGAAUUUUUUGGCUUGAAGUCUUCUGCGGUAUUAAGUUGCAAAGAUUCAGUGACAUGAAUAGAAGAUGAGUGCUUAGCUGCUUCUGUGAUCCUAAUGUGCACCUUAUUUCUAUUUGACAUCAGUGUAAACCAUUGGUAAAUAAACUGAGUCACCUUCAGGGAAUCUAAAUUACUGAAGACAGAGGCUUUAUCUGGUAAAUUUUACUUUAUCAUAGGAAUUAGUGGUUGUUUCACUCUACCUACCCAGAUUUUGAACAGUUUUUAAGUGAUUCUGUGUCAGAUGUCAAACUUAAGAUUUACCCAGACACCCAGAAAGAGUGAAGCAAUGUGUGAAAAUUCAUGCCCACACCUUUUUUCUAUCUUUGUCCUCUUUGCUAAAACUGCCUGUUAGGCUAGUGCAAAUUGCAGAUAUGUGAUGGAAAAUGCCAUGUACAAAUCUAACUAGAUACAUAACAUAUGCCUUUAGAGACUAGAUUCAGAGUCCUGGUUCUUUUGAUAUCAACACACAAGCAGCUGCCUGUUUGCAGGCAAAUCAGUGCCAAAUCAGUGUUCCUAAUUGGAAAGCAUCAUCGCACAGUUCUAGUCUUGUUAAUGAGGGUCAUAAGACAUAAGGCUGUCUCCAGUAGGGAUGCUAAUUUUGUAAAUAAAUAAUGUAAAUACAAUUUUUGUGAACUGAGUACCUAUGAACAUACUAUUUUGUGAAGUGGACAAUAUUAAUGCUGUUCCAGAUACUAUAAUUGGAACAAGUAUUUCAGUCACUGGCAUAGAUAUAUAACAGGACCAUGACUAAUCCCACUUACUAGCACAGGUGAAGUGCAAUGUGCCAAAAUCUGACCUCCAGUCUCAUAGCAAAAUGCUGAAGCGCCAACACCAAAGUUGGUAAGAUGCUCAUCAGGUAUAGGCUUUGAAAUAGAAGUUUAAUCUCUUAUUGCUGCUGUACAGAGGUCAUUGCUGUGUUGCAGUCAGAAGAAGAACCACACUGCAGACUGUGUUUUCUGCAUGAUUCUUGAAGCAUUCCUAAUCUAUUUGUGUACAGGCUACCUCAAGAAAACAUUUGAAAGUCAUCAUUAUCAGAUAGGAAUUUUCACCAGACAAAUGUUGCGCUCACACACAAGAGUAAGCAAUUUUGAAAAUCACAGGAUAUAAGAUUUUAAUGUUCUUGUGUGUUUUUAUGCUAAAUAAAAGAGGAUCAAUUGAUAGGCCAGUAUUUACAAACACAGCAGUCUGUGAAAAGUCAGCAGGAUUCUGUAUGCUUUUGAGAGGGCUUUGGACUCUAGGCGUUUUACAAAAUAGAGAAACAUGCCAUUUUUAGCAAUUCAGGAAAUGGAAAGACACUAUAUACAAAGGCUUAACUCUUCAUUUACUUUCAAAGGCCUUAGAAAUUGUAUGUUAUGUCACAGUAGUUGAACAGAUGAAGGAUAAAAUGGGCAAUUCUGAUAGCAAAGAGACCUCUCCCUGGAAUAGCUUGCGUCAUUUCUGAGGCUUGUAUGCCACUGGAAGAUGUUUCUAGUAUAAUCGUCUCUACAGCAAAGUUUUGUUUGGCAUAGAUUCUCAAAUUGAAGUGUAAUGGAAAAAGAAAACACAGCCUCAUGUCCCCAUUUUCUAUAUUGAGAACAUACUCUUAGUUUGAAUACAGGGGAUUAGGAUUAUAAUUCCUUUUUUUUUUUUUUCCAAGGCAAUUGCUUCCAAUGUCUACCAAGUACAUAUGAAAAGCAGAUUAUAAGAGUUCAUCAUGUCUCUGACCUUUUUUUUCUAUACUCUUUCUAUAUACUUUCACAUACCAGUACGUGUCCUGUGAGUGCAAGUGUUUGGUUGCUUCUUCCCCCUUCAAUCAGUCAAGCACCACUAAUUUCCAUCAGCGCAACACAAAUUUAGAUCUGCUGAGGAUCUGGCUGUAUGUAUCAGCUUCCUUUUUACCAUGUGAAUUAGACCAGAAUGGUCAGUUGGGAAAUCAGUUCACCUCUGCUGAGGCCAGUGUAGUUCUUCCCUCCCUGGCCAAAAACUCUUUUCUCUAAAUACUUUUGUGACAUGCUCUGUCAAAGAAAGGCAAGUUGGGAAUUCCAAAGUGGCUAUUUAUUAAACAAGUAACUAUGGUCUACCUUCUUGUAAAAAGAUGAAAUAUUUUAUAUCUCUUCUAUACAUUUAACCCCAUGGAUAAGAUUCGUUUUGACAAUGUUUAUUAUGCUGCACUAUGGCCUAGCAAUGUUAAAAGAAAGAAGUGUUACCCGCAUUCAGAUAAAUUCUGAGCUGACUGAGCUGUGAAGCUAGUUAUUGAAAUAUAUGAAAUUAUGUUUUAUAAAUAUACGGUCUAGCCAGAGAUUUAUGUAACAAACGUUGCAAAAUAAUCACGUGCCUUAAAUUGUUACUCUUUGGAGUGCUGUUGUUUGCAGAUUUUUGUGUGUAUUUUCGAAAAGGUGUCAACUUAUUGCAUACAUUUUUUAAUAAGUCAAUUUGUUCUGCUAAUGUGUCUUUAUAGAAAUGUUUUAAUAGUAUAUCAUACUGAGAAGUUUGGCAAUAAAUUGUAUCACUUUGGUGGAAUCACACUGCUCUGGCAAGUGAUUUCAAGAAUCAUUUAUUUAGUACAUCGGGAGAAGACUCUCCAUACAAGACUUCUGAGAAGUUUGUAUUUCUGUUCCCAAAUCAAAGUUAAAAACAAAAAAGUGUACUGCUGAUAACUCGUGUCAUUUAUAAAAUGCAAAUCAUUAAAAGCAGCAACAGAAGUUGUAGAAGA